UCCCUACACAAAUUGCAUGUUUGCUUUUUCCGAAUUUCUAAAUCUUUAUUUCGAUAUGUGUUGAAUGAUUUUGUUAGAUUAUGAUUAUUAUCAUAUAUGUUGAUUUUGAUAUUGGGAUGAGGCUUUAGUAGAAUAUGUCACCUGAUGGGUUACAUCAGGACCGCGUGCGCACCAGUAAUGAUUAAAGACAAGUAACAAGGUUAUUAUGAAUUUUUCCCCUGGUCGAGUAUAACUCUCUAGGCUGUCAAAGUUGACUGCCGGAGAAAGAUCCCUGGUCGAGCAAUGCUCUCUAGGCGCCGGCUUAGUUGGGAAUCAAGUGUUCAGGCUAGAUGUAAGGAUCCUGGUCGAGCUUCGCUCUCUGGGCGCCAGACCUGUUGGAAUUAAGAGAGCCUAAAGGCUGCUAGUAAUUUGGGGUGGGGUUCUACUGAGCUACUCGUCCCACAAAUGUUAAAAUGUAUUUUUUUUUUAAGAUUAUGGUAUAUGAUUAUAAUAUGACUCGUAUUUGACGUACAUGGUAUGUUAUACUGAUUGUAAUAAUUAUUAUUUUCUGAGAAGACUGCAAUAAUCACAAGAUUAUUUGAUUUUAGCUCACUCCCGAGACUGACAGUCUCAAUUUUAUUUUUUAGGUGACAGUUAGUUCUUCGUCGUCCUGCAUUUUGACAGUCCGACUUCUUCUCCUUCGGACUUUUUGUAAAUAACUUGUAUUUCCAUACUUUUGUUAUUAUUUACUCUAGACUAUCCGCAGUAGAGAACUUUUAAAUUGUUGUGAUUAUUCUGGUCCAUGUUGGACGUGAGAUGUUAUAAAGACCUAAUAGAAUUAUUUAUGGCAUGUCAGUCAUGAUUAAUUAUAUUUUAUUAACUGUUUAUUUGAAUUAUUGGUUUGUAAGCUUACUACGGGAUUCGGUGGCCUUAAGCCUAUUCAUUCCAUAGGUGCUGUUCACAGGCCCAUAGAAUGGGUCGUGACAAAGUUGGUAUCAGAGCCUAUGUUUAGUUUUCCUUCGACCUAGCUCUUGCCAAUGCUGAGAACCCGAGCGACUUCAGCUGCAGCAUCAGCCCAGGAAGGCCAAGAUGAGUUUUCUGCUCAGAUGGCCCCUCCGGCCCCAGCUCGUGGUACUAGGAGGCGAGGUAGGCCUCGAGCAGUAGCCCAACCGGAUCAGAGCGAGACUCAAGAGGUACGUGGUGCUGGUGGAAUCCUAAUGGAGGCUUUUGUGUUCGGUAUGACUGGGAUGCAGAGGGCCUUAGAGCAGUUGUUAGCCUUCCAACAGCAGCAGGCUGUCCAGGGUUCAGGAAGCCGUGUUAGUGGGUCUGGUAUCAGGAAUCCGGACAAUGCUCCCAUGUCCGAGUACACCAAGUUAAGACAUGUGGAGUUUGAUGGACAGCUGGGGACCCUCUGGACGUCUCGGACUUCUCGGAUGAGGUUGAGAAAAGGGCAUCUGAUUUGCACUGUUAUGAUAGGAGGACCAUCAAGAUGGCCGGAUUUUUCUUGAAGGGGAUAACAUCUUAGUGGUUCAGAGAUUAUAUUCGCCCCUUUCUAGAUGGAUUGUCGUGGAGGUAGUUCAAAGAUAGGUUUGAGGAGUACUUCAUCCCUUUUAGUGUAAGGCAAGAGUACAGAGAAAGAUUUGAAAGGCUAAUUAAGGGAGACCUAUCAGUGGCAGAGUACACCAGGCAAUUUGUUCAACUGAGCAGGUAUGCGCCCUAUGCUGUAGGGACCGAGGAGCAGAAGAACAACAAGUAUAUUUCAGGGCUCGGUCCAGAGUUUGUCUCCUUGGUUCAGUUUAAGAGGAGCAGCUUCCUAGAAGUGACUGACAGGGCGAGACAAAUGGAGAUGACCCUGCGAGGGUUUGGUCAGGGUACUGAUGAUGGUAGGAAAAAGAAGACCAGGUUGAGGGUCAGUCCAGUGCGCAGCCAGUUGUGCCAUACUACGGUAGUGGAGGCUACUCCGAGGGUACCGACCGGUAGAUCGAAUAGAGAAGCCACUGUAUCCAUAGAAGGAGUAGGCACAAUAGGAAGGGUAGCCGAGGAUUCAGACCUGGUCAGGGCUUCAGUGGUAGUGGGCAGGGUUCAUGCUACAGCAGCUCUAGUUCUGGGGCCAGCACCUGUCAAAUGUGCGGCAUGUCACAUCAGGGACCGUGCCUAGCUUCUAGCGGAGCCUGUUUUAGGUGUGGCGAGAUGGGUCAUAUGGCUCGAGAGUGUCCUUGCUACUUGGGCCGGC